AUGUCAUCCAGGGGCUCCUAUUGGCUGCGCUUCGUUGUGGGCGGUUUCGCGCCUGACUCAUCAUUCCGCGAUAUUUCGCAAUCGCCAAAUGGCAGAGUGCACGUACUAGGUGCAUCCAACAAGGAACUUCUUCUCGUUUUCUACUCUAGGCUUGAUUUGAAACUCUGUAAAGAAUGUUUUGACAAGCAUUGGAAUGAAAUGUUCAGAUAUAUUGCAAUGACUCUCCACGUACCAAAUAUAGAAGUUUUACGCUCUUCUGAAGAAACUAAGGUUAAUAUAAUUGAUCAUCAAACUCCCACCGACGAAACGAACCUCGCGAAUGUAGAGGGGCCAAGCGUUCUCCAUCUCGAGUACGGUGCCCAUCCACAGGAACUGGAACGUCAGCGGGAAUUUGAAACAACAUUAGUAGGCAGGCACGCAUUCGAAAGACAGGAUUCCCUAGCACGAGCAGCUUCGCUUCAAGAAUGUGAUCGGGUGAGAGAUCCCGAAGGAAUCUUGAAUUUUCUUGAGACUACUAUGAAUAUUGAAGACUACCUAGAAGACAUAACUCAUAUGACGGGAAUACCUAGUGAGGAUAUCGAUUUGGAUGAUUAUGAACUUCAGAAAUGUAAUAUUCUUUACAAUGAUAAGAUACAUAGCUAUGAAAGUUACGAUCCAUUCGCACAUGAUGUUGGGCUGCAUGAGCAAUUGAUCACCUCCGAGUACGCGCCGAAAACACCAACACCAGCCCCCGCUGCGACUCUUACUACUGUCAAAGUUGAGCCAGUAUGGGAAAAUAGUGCUCCUUCCACCUCUGCUAUUCAACCGAAGAAAUGUGGAGGCCGAAACGUGCAAACAUUGGAGACUUACACUCCCACUACUACUGCGCGCAAAUACAGAUUGAAAACUCCUCAGGAACGCAAUAAUACGUCCUAUAAAGUUAAACGACAGAGGAACAAUGAUGCGGUACGCAAAAGCCGGAGUAAGGCAAAACAAAUACAAAUGAUGAAAGAUAAGCAGCUGGAAGAUGCGCUGAUCGAGGUAACCCAGCUGAAGGAGAAAUUGCGUGUUGCCAAUGAGAGACUGGCAAGUUGCCGCUGCCGUCGUUAA